AAACUCUGUUGUACACUGUUCCUCGUGAAUACAAGUUUUCUCCUGGUUCUCAGUACAAUCCAUCCUACACCUCAAGCACUCACCCUGACAGGAUUCCUCGUCCUUCUCCAGGAUACAGGACUCCCAACAGAUAUCGGAUACUUCUAGGAUUGAUAAACAUUCGUCCUGAUCCGGAAUAUUGGGACGAGAUAAGACGUUUGAAAGUUGAAGAAGAAAAAUCAAAAUCAUUUUUGAAUCUCUCCCAGGAUAUCUUCAUCAACACAUUAAAGCAAACAUCCGAACCUAUCAGUCGAAUAUUGAACCCGGAGACAGCAUUAUGGGAGAUUAUAACAGAAGUUUAUCCUUAGAGACAAUCCUACAGAUUCAGGAAGGAUUUAGUUCCUUUGAUCCUCGUAAAACUGGCUUAGUCCCAACAAGAGAACUUGGUCCCCUGAUGAGAACUCUUGGAUAUAAUCCAACAAAAGAAGAACUGCAGGAUCUAGUAAUGGAGGUGGAUGGAUCUUGUCUAGGAUAUCUCAAACUCCCUGAUUUCCUGGAUAUGAUGUCCAAAAUUUUGGAUAAAAGGAACUGCGAGUCCGAGAUAGAGAUCGCGUUUAGAUGUUUCGACAGGCAUGGGGUAGGGUUCGUUACAAGGACCGAGCUAAUGCAUAUAUUCCAGAAUAUCGGAGUAAAGUUAACGGAGGAGGAAAUAGAAGAGUUAUUAACAGAGGCCGAUGUAGAUAAGGAUGGAUUGAUAAACUACGAGGAGUUCAUCUACAUGGCAUCAGUAGAAAACUAAACCUAGAUCAGAAGUACAACUCAUAUGAUUUGAGAAGAGUUGAACAAAAGAUUUGGAUGAUGAAAAAUAAUUAUUAGAAAUCUUAAUAAAAUAUGUGUAUU